GAACAUGCAAAAAUAUCAUGACGGAGUUUUCGGCAAUUUUCAGUCAACAUUAUCCACAAAGAUGUCUUCCGAUUUAUUGGAUUUAUCUGAUUACGAUGCCCUUUUCCGCCCUUUAAAUACUUCAGUUAACAACUAUCCUAUCACUCAAAUUCUCUUUACUCUCCCUCCAGAUAUCUAUUCUCCCC